AUGGCACCCGGACAGAAAUUGUACCCGCGCGCGACGGUCAAGAAGAUUGUCAAGGCGCACGCAAACACGAGCCUCAGCCGCAACGCCGAUGUCCUUAUCUUCCUCGACUAUCUCCUCUUCAUGCAGACCCUUGUCAAGGAAGCAUCGAUUGAGUCGAAGCGCGGCGGUGAGCGCGGCAUCACGGCACGCAGCGUCAAGAAAGUGACGGCGGACACUGUUCUCAAGUUCAAGGGUUGA